AUGCCCCUCCCUGCUUCCCUCAACCUGCUCCAGACGUCCAUCAGAGAGCUCUCUUCCCUUCUCGCCUCUGGGACGAUAACUUCCGUCGAGCUAGUCCAUGCCUACCUCGCCAACAUCGAGAAGAACGAUAUCGCCGGUCUCGGUCUUCGCGCAAUCAUUCAGACUGCUCCUGUCGCGUCUGUUCUCAAGAUCGCCCAGACGCUGGACGAUGAGCGUCAAGCUGGCAUAGUCCGGGGAGCUCUGCAUGGCAUCCCUUUUUUGGUGAAAGACUGCAUAGCCACCGAUCCGGAACUGGGAACGGCAACUUCAGCUGGGAACACUGCACUCCAGCGAAGCGUCGUCCCGGGCGAUGCGGAGGUGAUCAAGCGCCUGAGGGAUGCCGGGGCGAUCGUUCUCGCCAAAACCAACCUUACCGAAUUUGCCAAUUUCAAGGGCAGAGACCUCCCUAACGGCUGGUCAGCGGUCGGCGGUCAAGCCAAGUCGGUGUACGUGCCAGGAGCGGAACCGCUGGGAAGCUCGACGGGGAGCGCGAUGGGUCUCAGUGCGGGCUUCGGGGCAGUCGCGUCCGCCAGUCGAGCUGCUUUGUACGCUAUCAGACCAUCUACCGGUCUGAUGCCCAUGCAGGGUAUCGUACCCGUCAGUGGAGACCGGGAUACUGUGGGUCCGCUGGCGUUUACUUCGGUAGAUGCUGCGCUUGUCAUGUUUGCCAUGUCCGGCAGCGAUGGCAAAUACCUCCGCGCUGCCGAAGCACCCAGCAUGGCCGGUGUCCGCCUAGGUCUCGUCCGCAAAUACUUCAUCGACGAUGUCCAAGGUCACUCUUCCCUUCCUGGUACCCCCAUCCCGACCAUGGUCAAGGCGAUGCACGACACCGUAGCUACCAUGCGAAAGGGUGGAGCCGAUGUGAUUGACGUGGACAUGGAUGUCAAAGCCGAGGAGAGGCAGGUCCUCCUCAAGACGGAGCUGGGGAUGUGGAGGAGCGACUUCAAGGAGGACAUGACGGCGUAUCUGGCUGGGCUAAAGGAGAGUCCAGUGCGGAGCGUGGAGGAGCUGGUCAAGUGGAACGAAGACCAUGCUGAUGUCGAGUUGCCUCCUCACGCUCCGACACAGCAGUUCCUCGUCGAGUCCAUGGACGCUCCUCCGCGCGACUCGGACGCGUAUCGUACCCUUCAAGCUCGAUCAGCGGAUAUAGCCAAGAAGAGGGGUCUCGACUAUAUCUUUGAGCGACACCAGCUCGACGCCGCGAUCUUCGCUACCGAGCUCGGGUUUGCCUUCCUCUACGUGACAGCGGGAGGGUACGCUUCAGGUUCUGCUCCGCUCGGGUAUGGUGCGGAUGGUGCGCCUUUCGGAAUCAUAUCCGCUUACGAAGUUCUCGUGCCGCAAAGGAGGACUCCCAGUACGCUAUAG